AGAGUAGAGACACAAGAGAAAUUGAUAUUUUUCAGGGAGAAGUUGAAGUCUGCAGGGAGAAACCAGGUCGAUUAUCUACACCAAGGAUGUGAUCAAAGGAUCCUUCAUUUUGACAUCAAACCUCAUAAUGUCUUGCUAGACCAAAACUUCACCCCGAAAAUUUCUGAUUUUGGGAUGUCCAAGUUGUGUGCCAUGGAUCAAAGUAUAGUGUCAAUGACUGCAGCUAGGGGGACUAUAGGCUACAUUGCACCUGAAGUGUUCUCCCGGAAUUUCGGAAAUGUGUCAUACAAAUCAGAUGUAUAUAGUUUUGGAAUGUUGUUGCUCGAGAUUGUAGGAGGGAGGAAGAAUACUGGUGAAACCAUGAACAACGCAGGUGAAGUUUACUACCCUGAAUGGAUAUAUAAUCUUUUAGAAGAAGGGGAGGACCUUCGAGUCCAUAUUGGGGAAGAAGGAUUAGAUUCUCGAAUUCCAAAAGAACUAGCAAUUGUAGGCCUUUGGUGCAUCCAAUGGCACCCAAUGAAUCGUCCAUCCAUGAAAUCGGUCGUUCAGAUGUUGGGAGGAACAGAAAACUUAACCAUGCCGCCAAACCCUUUUGCCUCUGCGGGUCGUAUAAAAACAAAUGCAGCAAGUCCCUCUGUUGCAAGACGGUUGAACCUGGAGCUAGAAGCAAUUGUUGAAUUAGAGUAGAUAAUAUGUAGAUGUAAUACUGUUUGUAUGCAUUGAAAGUUUGCAAAUGUAUGGAUUCAUUAAUCUUUCCCAGCAAAAUUAUGCAACUUUUACGUUUUUCCA